ACCGUGCUGCUGCUGCAGUACAGUCACCGCAUGGAGUCGGCCACAGGCCACCGGAGCUGUUCUUCACCACCGUGCCUACGUCAGGACGAGCCGCGGUCGCACGCGGAACCCCGCCCCCCGGGCUCGGAGUCCCGCCCCCGGUCUCAGAGUCCCACCCCCAGGCUCAGAGUCCCACCCCCGGGCUCGGAGUCCCGCCCCCAGGCUCAGAGUCCCACCCUCUGGGCUCGGAGUCACGCCCCCGGUCUCAGAGUCCCACCCUCUGGGCUCGGAGUCCCGCCCCCAGGCUCAGAGUCCCACCGCCGGGCUCGGAGUCCCGCCCCCAGGCUCAGAGUCCCACCGCCGGGCUCGGAGUCACGCCCCCAGGCUCAGAGUCCCGCCCCACUGGGCUCGGAGUCACGCCCCCGGUCUCAGAGUCCCGCCCCCCGGGUGCAGAGCCACGCCCCCCUGGGCGGUAACCCGGCUGCACCCGUGAGCGCCGCCCCUCCCACCCCGCGUCUCCUGUAUCAGUUAUCCUGCAGCUCUGGUUUCCUUUCUGUUUUCGCUUUCUGUUCUCAGUAUAUGGUUUUGAAAAAAGGAAAAACAAAAAAAUGAGGUGUCAUGCCCGUGUUUUUGACCCGUGUUUUUUCUGCAGUGAGCGCAGUAAGGCUCUCUCUCCAGGCUCUGUAAAACAGCGGGUACUUACUGGAAUCACAUUUCAUAUGUGUGCGCAUGAGUGUCUGAAUACGAUAGAGUGUGUGAGAGUGUGUUUGUGUAUGUGUGAAUACAGUGUGUCUGUAUGUGAGUGUGUAUGUAUGUGUGUGUGAGUGUUUUGUGUGUGUGUGUGAGUGCGCAUGUGUGCAUGUGUAUUAUCCAGAGGGUAAGGUACAUUUUGGUGUGUUGAGGAUUGUGAAAUGUUAAAAACGUGUGAUGCGCGCACACACACACACACACACACACAGAGCCAGGCAUGUGGGAGAGCUUCACUGUGCUGCUGUUUUGCAGCGUUAUUUUCAGUGAAAUGUUACUUGGUUUGUUGCAUAAAUCUUUCAGAGACAUGUCAUAUUUAAAGCACCUUUUUAAAAGAAAUGAACAUUUUAGAGUUUUCUGUGACAAAUAACCUUUUACUGUACUACAUACACUGCUGAAAUAAACACUAAACUAUGAGUUUGAGCGGGA